AAUCCCCCUUUAAUUUCCCAUGACUCCGCGCGUCCUCAAGCCCCGCCCCCAGUUCCCCAGCCCCGCCCCGAAGUUUGAGGGGUGUGGACGGUUUGUGACCCCCUUAGCCGACCCUACCCCUCACGGGCCGGGAGAGCUGGGCUUAUCACGGAGGCCAGGGCCAGGCAGCCCUUCGGUUCAGGUGGGCCCAUGGACCCCAGUCCAACGCCGCGGGAAUAGGACCAUCCAAACGCGAAACCUUCGCCUCAGAAAAAGGGUGCGGGACCCCUCCUCACCGUGGGGUCACGGUACGGACAGGGUAGAUCACAGGCUGAGGGACAGAGUAAAGACCUCUCAGACCGGACACCUGGGGUCCUGCUGGGCCCCUCCCCACGAGAGUUCCCUGUGUCUGUGCCAGCCGUUUUCGUCUUUCUUCGCCGCAGUUUCCUUUUCUGUAAAUCAUGGUUCAUGACAUUAACCUUCUUGCCAUCAGGGGUUAGUUGUGGGUGUGAUAAAUAAUUGCUACCAUUUAUUGAGCAAUUGCAAUUUGCACUGUGCCAGGCACUGUGCUAAGUAUUUUGCUUCGAUGAUUUCACGUCAUCUUCAAAACAACCUCAUGAGAUAUUCUUUGAGCAACUACUGGAGCAUUAUAUUGGACACUUCAGUACCAAGAGAAAUACAUACGAUCCUUGUCUACCAGGAGUCUAAUAGAGAGAUGGAGAGGGCUGGGUCAGUUAGAACCUAAACAAACUAGAGACCUGGUUGCAACCCCUCAGGCUCUGCUGAUGCUGUCCCCCUUUGUUCCUGCAGCGUGGACCCUGCCGGCAGCCAGGCCAUGGAGCUCUCUGAUGUCACCCUCAUUGAGGGUGUGGGUAAUGAGGUGAUGGUGGUGGCAGGUGUGGUGGUGCUGAUUCUAGCCUUGGUCCUAGCUUGGCUCUCUACCUACGUAGCAGACAGCGGUAGCAACCAGCUCCUGGGCGCCAUUGUGUCAGCAGGUGACACAUCCGUCCUCCACCUGGGGCAUGUGGACCACCUGGUGGCAGGCCAAGGCAACCCUGAGCCAACUGAACUCCCCCAUCCAUCAGAGGGUAAUGAUGAGAAGUCUGAAGAGGCUGGUGAAGGUCAGGGAGACUCCACAGGGGAAGCUGGAGCUGGGGGUGGUAUUGAACCCAGCCUUGAGCAUCUCCUUGACAUCCAAGGCCUGCCCAAAAGACAAGCAGGUGCAGACAGCAGCAGUCCAGAGGCCCCCCUGAGAUCUGAGGAUAGCACCUGCCUCCCUCCCAGCCCUGGCCUCAUCACUGUACGGCUCAAAUUCCUCAAUGAUACCGAGGAGCUGGCUGUGGCUAGGCCAGAGGAUACCGUGGGUGCCCUGAAGAGCAAAUACUUCCCUGGACAAGAAAGCCACAUGAAACUGAUCUACCAGGGCCGCCUGCUACAGGACCCAGCCUGCACACUGCGUUCUCUGAACAUUACUGACAACUGUGUGAUUCACUGCCACCGCUCACCCCCAGGGUCAGCUGUUCCAGGCCCCUCAGCCUCCUUGGCCCCCUCAGCCACUGAGCCACCCAGCCUUGGUGUCAAUGUGGGCAGCCUCAUGGUGCCUGUCUUUGUGGUGCUAUUGGGUGUGGUCUGGUACUUCCGAAUCAAUUACCGCCAAUUCUUCACAGCACCUGCCACUGUCUCCCUGGUGGGAGUCACCGUCUUUUUCAGCUUCCUAGUAUUUGGGAUGUAUGGACGAUAAGGACAUAGGAAGAAAAUGAAAGGCAUGGUCUUCCUCCUUUACGGCCUCCCCCCUUUUCCUGGCCAGAGCUGGGCCCAAGGGCCUGGGAGGGAGGGGUGGAAAGGAUGUGAUGGAAAUCUCCUCCAUAGGACACAGGAGGCAGGUACGGGGCCUCCCCUUCUCGUCCAUAGGAGUACAGACGUCCCUUCUGUGCAAGCACAACUCAGGUAGAAAUGAGGAUGUCAUCUUCCUUCACUUUUAGGGUCCUCCUGAAGGAGUUCAAAGCUGCUGGCCAAGCUCAGUGGGGAGCCUGGGCUCUGAGAUUCCCUCCCACCUGUGGUCCUCGCUCUUCCCAGUGUCCUGCAUGUCUGCCCCCAGCACCCAGGGCUGCCUGCCUGGGCAGCUCAGCAUGGCCCCAGCACACCUCCAUAGGAAUCCUGGAGUAUCCUUCCAUUUCUCAGCCAAAUACCUUUUGAGACUGAAAUCACACAGGCGGGAAUGAAGAUUGCGCCAGCCUUCUCUUAAGGGCACCUAGCUGCCUUCACCUUCUCCCUCUACCCCUUGGCAGGAAUAGGGUGUCCUCCCUUCUUUCAAAGCACUUUGCUUGCAUUUUAUUUUUUUAAGAGUCCUUCAUAGAGCUCAGUCAGGAAGGGGACAGGACACCAAGCCAAGCCCCCAGCAUUGGGAGCGGCCAGGCCACAGCUGCCGCUCCUGUAGGCCUCAGGCUGUAAGCAAGAGACAGUACUGGCCCUUGGCCAGCGUCCUACCCUUCCCAAUUCCAAGGACUGGGUAUGGAUCGCUGGGCCCUAGGCUCCUGCUUCUGGGGCUAUUGGAGGGUCAGUGUCUGUGACUGAAUAAAGUUCCCUUUUGUGGUCCUG